GCAAAAUUUCACACACACAUUCCGUUAGUCACUGAAAAGAAAAGACGUGGAUUCUAAUUGGCAUUGUGAUACAGAUUUUCCACCUUUGGAAAAUCCUUAAACAAAAUAAGAACUUGUAUACACAAUUUACUACAGUAAAGAACUCGCCUAUACUUCUCAAUAAAAGAAAAUUGUGAAAGCAAGAAGGGUAUUCCUUCUAAACCCUGCUAAAGGGGCGGUGAAAAAACUGUGAAGACUCCAGGUGGAAGUACAAGUUUGUGUGGUGGUGUGAAGUGAAAAGGCUCCGCCGUGAUGUCACUGCUUCUCAUUUUUCGUUAAUUGGAUUGCUUGUUCAGUGCCUCUUUAAAACCAGCCUUCUAUUAUAUACUUUGGAUACUAUUGGAACUGCUUGAUCUACUAUCGCGCACACAACGCUACACAUUCAGCAGCGUCUUCUCUUUAAUUGAGCUUAGUGGAUGUGUAUUGCAGCAAUUUAAUUCAAUUUAAUAAAUAACUACAAUUUAUUAAUUAGGUUGCAACUUGAAGUGAAGCCGAUGUGUUUGGCAAAAUCUCAUAUAAUCAUUCCCCCCCAGUUAUUUGCAAAACGGCAGUAGCCAGUUGAGAAAGAGGCCAUAUAUCAGGCACAAAACGGAAAAUUAGAAAAUAAAGCAUGUUACCUAAGAAAGAGUUAUGCUAAGUGAUAACGACAACAAUGGAAGUGGAGCGAAUGCCGAAGUUGAAAAAUUAGAAAAAACGUCCAUCACAAAAGCAGCGUAUUAGAGCAAAGUGAAAAUUUGGUACUGUGGCUUAAACGGCCAAAGCGGAUUAGCAACACAAAACGGUUAACAAAAGCGACACAUUUACAUACACGUCCCUCUUAACGCAACGAUUGGAACGCUAUACAGGCGAUCAAGUCACGAAUCCGCCCACAACAACCUGCCACGCCCACUAUUCAAAUACAGUAGCCGCCGUAAAACAUAUUGUAAACACUAGUUCGGCCGCCGUCCACUGCAUAUGAUACAAAUCGAAAGCGAGAAAUUAAGAAAGUAAUCGUCCCACCGUUGCGGCGUACACACAUUUCUUGAGCGACAUCCCCCAUUCCGUCUAAUACACAUUAAACAUAAAUUCGUUUCGUCCCAAUACAUCAGCCAUUUGACAUUUAAUCCCCCAAGAUCCCCUCCAAAAAUAAACCACCCGUCCAUUACAAAACCACAGCACACAAACAUAAAACGGCUGCAGUAUGUCGGAAUUGGAUAAUGCCGUCACGGUCGGCAAAACUAACGAGGAAUUGCGUAUGGAAGUCGAGCGGCUAACUCGCGAAUUAGAUCAGGCGGCCAGUGAGCGAGCACAGUCAGCGCAGUAUGGUCUUUCGUUACUGGAAGAGAAAUCGGCGCUCGAACAAAAAUGUGAGGAACUGGAAACGUUGUACGACCACGCCAAGCACGAUUUAGAUAUAACACAAGAGGCACUUGCAAAAUUUCAAACUUCACAGAGUACCACAAAAACUGGCAUCGAACAGGAGGAGUCACUGCUCAGCGAAACCGCAGAGCUCGAAACCAGUUUGAACAGUAAAAUAUUAGACUUGGAAAAUGAAACGAAACAGCUGCGUCACGAAUUGGAGCGAGUGCGAAACGAACGCGAUCGUAUGCUGCAAGAGAAUGCCGACAUUGGGCGCGACAAGUCGGAUAACGAGGCCGAGAAGUUGCGACUCAAGGCCGAGUUAAAGGACCUAAAAUUUCGCGAGACACGCAUGCUAACGGAAUAUACAGAGCUGGAAGAAGAAAACAUAUCGCUGCAAAAGCAGGUGUCAAGCUUGAGGAGUUCACAGGUGGAAUUUGAAGGUGCCAAACACGAGAUACGACGCCUCACCGAGGAGGUGGAACUUUUAACACAAGUCGAUGAAUUGGCUAAUCUAAAAAAGAUCGAAAAACAAAUGGAAGAAGCCUUGGAGGCUUUGCAGUGCGAACGUGAGGCAAAGUAUGCUCUCAAGAAAGAAUUGGAUAGCCAUUUGAAUCGUGAGUCCAUGUACAAGAUAAGCAAUCUAGCAUCUGCGAGCAAUAUGGACGACAAUAUCAGCGCAAAUAGCGAUGGUGAAGAGGAAAAUUUGGCUUUGAAACGACUUGAAGCCGAUUUGACUACAGAGUUGAAUGCAACAGAUGGCACAAAAUGUGAUUUAUUCUCUGAAGUGCAUCUCAAUGAGCUGAAGAAAUUGGAAAAACAAUUGGAGUCCAUUGAAAACGAGAAAAUUCUACUCACAGCGAAUUUACGAGAGGCACAAACCAGUUUGGAUAAAUCACAAAAUGAAAUACAAAAUUUCAUGGCUCGUCUGGCGCUCCUCACCGCACAUGUGGAUGCUCUACUACAGCUGAAGAAACAGCUGGAUAUCAAAGACGAUUCCAUAGAAGCGGUGAAGCGGCGCAACGACGAGCAAAAUGUACGACAACAACUGUUGGACAUACUAUCCCAGUAUAACAGUUGGUUCACACUCUCUUCGAAGGAGAUUGACGGUCUCAAGACUGAUUUGGUUGAGCUACAGAAGGGUUUCAACUACACCGACGCAAUGACCACUCUCCGCAAUGAAGUCACAAAUUUGAAAAAUAAAUUGCUCGCAACUGAGCAAAAAUCAAUUGAUCUACAAAGUGAUGUGCAGACACUCACAAGUAUUUCACAAAAUGCCGGACAAAUUGGGUCGGCUCGCUCCACUCUGGUGGCCUUAAGCGAUGAUUUGGCGCAGCUGUAUCAUCUCGUUUGCACCGUUAACGGCGAGAUACCAACACGUAUAAUGCUCGAUCCCAAGAGCGAUGACAUGAGUUUCGAAAACGAUUCGCUUACUGCCAUACAGUCACAAUUCAAAUCCGAUAUUUUCGCUUCCCGCUCCCACACAAUUGAAGAUUUGCAAGGGCUUGCAGAUUCUGUAGAAAUUAAAAAGUAUGUAGAUACAGUAAGUGAUCAAAUUAAACAUUUGAAAACCGCUGUCGAGCACACCAUUGAGCACAACAAAAACAAAGUGCGCGGAGAUGUUUCCGAAGCUGACAAAUAUAACCGCGAAGAGGUCGAAGAGUUGCAAGAACAAAUUGUACGUCUCAAAGGCCUGUAUCGACUCAAACGUGACCAAAUCGCUACAUUGCGUACUGUAUUGAAAUCAAAUAAGCAGACCGCCGAAGUGGCACUCACAAAUCUCAAAUCGAAAUAUGAGAAUGAGAAGACAGUGGUCAGCGAGACAAUGGCCAAGUUGCGCAAUGAACUGAAGAUACUUAAAGAAGAUGCGGCAACAUUCUCAAGCUUACGCGCCAUGUUUGCUGCGCGCUGCGAGGAAUACGUUACACAGGUAGAUGACCUGAAUCGCAAAUUAGAAGCCGCUGAAGAGGAAAAGAAAACAUUGAAUCAGCUACUUCGUUUGGCCGUCCAACAGAAAAUCGAAUUGACUCAACGUAUGGAGGAAAUGGAAAUCGAUCGUGAAACGCGCUUUGCACGUCGGUCGAUGCCACCACAACGCGGCAGCAGCGGCAAAUCGUUUUCAUCACGGCCCUCAACACGUAACCCGACUGGCAGCAAUCAGAAUCAAUUCUAACAUAAAAUAAGCGUGCAGCGUAAACUUUUAGCCUUAGUUUAUACAUUGCUUAAGUUAUAAAGUCAUUUUUAUGUAAACUGUAACACUGUCACGUGUCACUUCAAAAGCGAAAAGAUAUUGUUGGUACGAUGGUUGAACAAUUGUAAGCAUCAAAAGAACAACGGACAGCAAUUCUUUCGCCGAGAGCAGCUGUAAUCAUCGUACGUUAAAACAUUUACUUCCGCCCUUAAACUAAAGACACUGCACACAAAAGCAUAAAAGUGACUGUAGUCAAUAUAACUUGAUUUUAUUAUUCAUUAAUAAUUCUAAUAUUUAUGUUCUAAGGACCAUAUUUAUGAAUAAUAUCUACAUUAAGUUAGAUAUACAUAAGUGUAAACUGACGGAUGCUGUGGAAGCUUAAAAUAAGUGAAUAAUCGUGCAGAAUGAUGCCAACUUUACUCCAUCGGAGGGCAUAAAGUACGCCCAAAGCAACCCAAGGCAGCCGUCAGGAUUAACUUAUACCUACGUAAAA